CCCGCCCCGCCCCGCCCUAUUGCCAUCCCUAACUAUUCUUUUGUUUUUAGCUCUAUCAAGUUUCUUUUCUCGUGUUGAUGCUUUUCAUGGUGUUGCAGGAAGACAGGGACAAUUCUGUGACUAUUGGUGUUGCAGAUGAGCAUGUAGGGUUGGUGCUUGGGCAGAAUGGAAGGAAUAUAAUGGAGAUCAGUCAGCUUAGUGGGGCCAGAAUAAAGAUUUCAGAUAGGGGUGAUUUCGUGUCCGGUACUUCUGACCGGAAGGUGACUAUUGCUGGAUCCCAAAGAGCGAUCCGCACGGCUGAGUCCAUGAUAUUUCGGAAAGUAGCAUCCGUUUCUGAGAGAUGACAGGGGUGAGUUUUGUGAAAUGCUGAUCCACGGGAGGAGAGCAUGUUUUGUUGAAAGAGAGUAGCACAUGAAUAUUUAGUGGACUGAUGAUUUUUCCGAAGCAAAGCUUGUGGGGAUAAAUUCUCACAGAUUUGAUUCAGUUGACUGAAAAGAUGACCAUUCUAUACAGCUGUAACGUUUCAUAGCUUCUAACAAUCAGUUAGGUACAUUUGUUUAUUCCUUAUAUCUCGUGAAGGGUAAUGCAUCAUCAAUAUGAGCAUCUACAGUGGCUUGCAUCGUUUAAGUUUGGGGUAAAAGAUAGCAAAAUUAUAGAAAUUUCUUUAUUCUAAAUUCAUUUUUUCGUCCUUCAA